CGGGGAGUCGUUCUGACCUCAGGGCCGGGGCGCCAGCGGCCAGCGGGGCAGGUGCACGCUGACGCAGAGGGAGCGGCCGUGUGUCCCCUGGGCAAACACCGGCUGCUCCCAGGCGGCUGUGAGGAGAGCCAGGUGCAGCCUGGCACCUGCGUCCCCGGUCCGGCUGGGAAGUGACUCCCGCCCGCGGGUGUCGGCGGGUGUUGGCCCCUCUGGGGUGCGAGUGGGAGCCGGGCCAGGACUGCAGCGGCACCAGGGUUAGCGGGGCGCCUGUCAGACGCCCGGGGGAGAAGGGCCAGGGCCCUCUUGUCCCGACUCCGGGCCUCCCCCACCGUCGGACCCCCACGCAGCCCCGUGCGGUGCCCGCCCACCGCCGAUGGAGACCGGGGCGAUGGUGCAGUAAGGACCGCGGGCGGGCAGGCCGCAGCCAAGGAUGGACGGGGACGAGGAGUUCUUUGACGCCGUCACAGGCUUCGACUCUGACAGCUCUUCCGGGGAGCUCUCGGAGGCCGGUCAGAGGGCCCCUGGCCCGGCUGACGCGGACGCCGGCAAGAGUAACGGCGUCGGCCAAGACGAGGAGAGGCCCCCUCAGGAGAAUGGGGUUCAAAAGCACAGGACGCGCCUGCCGGCCCCGGCCUUCACCAGGAGCGACUUCAGCCUGUGGGGGAUCCUGAAGAAGUGCGUCGGCCUGGAGCUGUCCAAGAUCACGAUGCCCGUGGCCUUCAACGAGCCCCUGAGCUUCCUGCAGCGGCUCACCGAGUACAUGGAGCACACGGCCCUGGUGCGCCGCGCCGCCCGCCAGCCCCGGGCCCUGGAGCGCAUGCAGUGCGUGGCUGCCUUCGCGGUGUCGGCGGUGGCCUCCCAGUGGGAGCGGACCGGCAAGCCCUUCAACCCGCUGCUGGGAGAGACUUACGAGCUGAUCAGGGAGGACCUGGGGUUCCGCUUCAUAUCGGAGCAGGUGAGCCACCACCCGCCCAUCAGCGCGUUCCACGCCGAGGGCCUGCGCCAGGACUUCCGGUUCCACGGCUCCAUCUACCCGAAGCUCAAGUUCUGGGGGAAGAGCGUGGAGGCGGAGCCGCGGGGCACCAUCACGCUGGAGCUGCUCAGGCAGGAGGAGGCCUACACCUGGACCAACCCCACCUGCUGCGUGCACAACAUCAUCAUCGGGAAGCUGUGGAUAGAGCAGUACGGGACGGUGGAGAUCCUCAACCACAGGACCGGGGACAGGUGCGUGCUCCACUUCAAGCCGUGCGGGCUGUUUGGGAAGGAGCUGCACAGAGUGGAGGGCUACAUCCAGGACAAGAACAAGAAGAAGCUGUUCGUCAUCUACGGCAAGUGGACCGAGUGUCUGUGGGGCGUGGAGCCCGAGGCCUACGAGUCCUUCAGGAGGCAGGGGCGGCGGGCCGAGCCCCCCGGAGCCGCUCAGCUGGACAGCCGCGCGGAGCGCGCUGACGGGGACGCCGGGGACGCCGGGGACGCCGUGCCUGAGGCUCCGGAAACGGUGCAGGUCAUUCCCGGCAGCAAGCUGCUCUGGAGGGUCAACAGCCGGCCCCCCAACUCUGCGCAGAUGUACAACUUCACCAGCUUCACCGUGACCCUCAACGAGCUGCAACCGGGCAUGGAGAGGAUGCUGGCGCCCACCGACUGCCGCCUGCGCCCCGACAUCCGGAGCAUGGAGAACGGCGACAUGGACCUGGCCAGCCAGGAGAAGGAGCGGCUGGAGGAGAAGCAGAGGGAGGCCCGGCGGGAGCACGACAAGGGGGACACCGAGUGGCAGACGAGGUGGUUCCGCCGGGGCAGGAACCCGCACACGGGCGCCCCCGACUGGCUGUACGCGGGCGGCUACUUCGAGCGGGACUUCUCCGGCUGCCCGGACAUCUACUGAGCACCAGGGGUGCCCGGGGCCCGGACGCUGCUGGGCCGCGCUCCACCCGGGGCUCCCCCACGCUCCGGCGUGCAGAGCCGGCCUUCCUCAGGACCGCGUUCGGGGAGAGGGGCGGCCCUGGCCGGCGCCCCACCCCGGUCACCUCUGACCGCCACCCCGUCGCGCUGGCGCGGCCCCUCCAUAAAGCUCCCCGUGGGGCGGCUGUGCUCCCAUCGAGGUCUGGGAAGGAAGGUCCUUGCACGCCCUGCGGGACGGCGUCCGCGGGGCGUGGCGGCCGGCAGCGCCCCUGGCGGGCCUGUCUCUAGAGGAAGGAGCAGGAAGGAGGGGCCGGGGCCUCCGAGAGGCGGCGUCCCCGUGUCUGGGGCCCCGAGAGCUGGACUCGGCCCCGCGGGGAGCCCCUCCGGGCCGGGGCGAGGCUUCCGGGCGUCAGAGCGGGGAAGUGAGUAGCUGUCAGACUCCGUAUUUUUCGCCAGUCUUCAAUGAUGUAAGGACGACUUUUAAAAUUCUUAAGUUAAAAGUUCUCGACUAGGAUCUGCUGAAGGCAAGACAUGCAUUAGUCGCCAACUGUGUACAUCCACAAAAAGGCGUCUUCACGGCCCCCGGGGGGCGGCACUGCUGGCCUCCAACGAGUCUUGGAUGGACCGCUCCCGGCCACGCCCCCCCCCCCCGGGGCCGCAUCCUGCAGGCCACGCCCCCAUCCCCAAGCGGGAGCCAUUCCAGAGCACGCGUGGUGUGGGCCCACAGCGCCAAAUCCUGGUUUUCCCGCCUGUGUGUCUGACACGCGGGCACUGGGGGCCAGGGCAGAGGCUCCGUCCAGGUGCCAGGGGCCCCAGGCGGCGCCCGUCCGGCCCGGUGGCCACUGUCUUCUGAGGGAGCUCAGCCUGGGUCACGGCCCCGCGCUCCGACGGGAGACAGCCCGCUGCACGUGGCGCAUAGGCAGGCAGGCACACACACACGAGCACACAGGCGCACGCAGCACACACCUGUGCACACACACACGGCGCCCCCAUGCACGCAUGAGCACACGGCACACACACAAGCCGUGUGCGUGUGCACAUACCUGUCCCCACACACACUGGUGAGAGUGGCGGGCUCCCGGGGAGGGUGUCGCCGCUGUGUCCGGUUGGAAUCACAUCUGUAAUUAAAACACGAUUGGCAGCGAA